AUGUGUGAUAAUGGUGAUCCCGAGGACAAGCCCCCUGCCCCCCCGGUCAGGAUGAGCAGCACCGUCUUCAGCACAGGCUCCAGCAAGGACCUGCUCUCAGCCAAUCACAGCUCUAAGCCCCUGCCCUCGGUUCCAGAGGAGAGGAAACCCCGCAAAAAGAUCAUCUCCAUUUUCUCAGGCGCAGAGAAAGGUCAGACGAGUCCAUAGAGGUGGGGCACUGGGAGGGGCUCUAAAGCGUGGGUCAGCUGUCCCAUUUCAUUUUUUUAACACUAGAGAACCACUGGGCUUCGAGCCCCCCCCCCAGUCAUUAUGGCUGCAACAUUCUAACAGUGUAAUUAAUACAUUUCAUAAACCAGGUUUCCAUCCAACCCUUUUAUGCGAGUGAAGUACGUAUUUUUUUUUAUGACCGGCCUGAAUGAAACAUUUGUCGGGACACUUACCAAAUGUUGACAAAACAAAAUACGCUAGACAAGGUGAGAUCUUUUUAUGUCGUAAAAUGAAUUAUGCAAGAAAUAUUGGUGGAAACACUUAUGUGCAAAUAUUCAUAUAAUAAGCAUCAUAUCGAAGUAGACUUAGAGUCACGCGAUGACGUGUGGUCCUCCCACUACGGCUCAUUGGGAAAGCAUGCAGUUUUUUAGGCUACAGAUGAAAUAAGUUAUGAUGAAUUUCACAGGGUGGUGAAAGUGCAAGGUGAUGUUCGCAUUCAAAAAUUUGUCGCCAAUUGAAUGGAAACCUAGUUAUAUAUGUUAUCGCAAAAAUAAUUAGUUGGUUGUGUUUAUGAAGGACUUAGAUAACAUAGAAAAUAAAAUAAAAUAACACACUAGCAUUUUCAUUAGUUUCUGUUCCUGUAGGCUAUAUGUAAAAAAACUAAAAAACACAUUCAAGUGUUCAAUACAUUUUUAUUAGUGGAGUGCUUUUGUGACAACUAUGAAACAGAAAGCAUAGGCUAUGUGUUGGAACGUGGUAACAGCUUAUUUUUAUAACAACAAAAAAAUACCCCAACCACCAAGAUGCGUGUCAAAUGAUGAAAACAUCAGUAGCCUAAUAAGUGCCACCUGUGCUUGAAAUCAUUAGUGGAAAUCAUCACAAAAGCAAUAAUAGCAUUAUAAUCAAUGUGUCUGACAGCAGUCAAAUAUUAUCAGCUUGUGCUUACAUGGUGUGCGUCUAAACGCAACAGCAUCAGUUGGAGCAUGUCACAUAAACAACGAAAGCUGCUGAGUGCGUUGCUGAUGUUUUUUGCUUGAUGUGUAGGGUCUGCUCUCUCAGUGCUGAUAAUCGGCCCGUAGCAUUGUAACCAGUAUGGUCUAUCCGAACGGUGCCGUCCCUUCCUCUCUCCUGUCUCACCGUUCCAUUUGGUGGUGGCGCGGGCACCUGCUCAUUUUUUUUAGGCCUCAGGUGUAGGUUCUGGAGAAUAAGAAUCAUCAUCAGAGAUGCAUUGAUUCAUUUCUUCCCCACCAUCUGAGUUGUUUGCAUUCAGAUUUUGUAGUAAUGCUGACGCAGCAUGUGAAUCCAUUCAUCUUGGUCUUCUUGCCAUUGUAAAUUACGCACACUUUCACUGUGUACUCCAAGUAGGCCAGAGUAGACUGAUAAGACUGCUUGGAUUCAAUAGACUGAUAUAGGGUACAUUCCAUUUUGAGAUCAGAAUAGAUCAAUACAAUAGAAUGUCCGGCCCUGUUCUUCAUUCACAAUUGGUGAUUUACAUAAUUAUGCAUUGUCAGCUUCCCCUCUGUAAUCAACUCCCCCUUUCUCCCCCAUCAUACGUUACUUCAUUUAUUUAAUUUGUUGAUGUGUGAAGUUAAUCUCAUUCUCAGCUAUGUAACAGGAACACGUAAUGAUGCCCUUAAUCUUAAUAGCCUUGCCCGUAAUGGGGUGAUUGAACAUUGUGCAUUUGCUAAAGUUACACUGGGUAUAUCGGCCACAUCUAUAAUUACCGUCCGGCACAUUGUCUAGGAAGGUACUAUGUGGCACUGGUGGAAGAUCCGACAUCACCACCAUUUGACUGAUGUUGGGGGCGUGUCUGAAGACUACCCGCGGGGGUUCUUUAAACUUAUUUUCCAGUUGUAGAUCAGUGCUCAAGAUGUGCCAGUGUUUUUUUAAUGAUGUGGUCGAACUGUUUACCAAGUGGGGAGUACUGAAGGAAGCACUGAACGCGUUGGUCAGGAGGGCGGGGUGGUUUGGGCGUGUGGCUGUCAUCCUGGGUCAUAUUUUUUAUAACGAUCACUUGCGUCAUGCAGCCAUUCUUCUGGGUAAUCCUGCUGUCUGAAAUGCUCAUCCAGAUAGUUGGCUUGUUUGUCAUAGUCACUCUGUGUACUACAAAUCCUGCAUAUGCGACUGUAUUAGCUGACGGGGAGGGUCUUUUUUUAGGGGUGUACAGUGCAUUCGGAAAGUAUUCAGACCCCUUGACUUUUUCCACAUUUUGUUACGUUACAGCCUUAUUCUAAAAUUGAUUAAAUUGUUUAUUCCCCCCCCUCAUCAAUCUACACACAAUACCCCAUAAUGACAAAGCAAAAUCAGAUUUUUUGACAUUUUUGCAAAUGUAUAAAAUAAAAAAAACAUUACAUUUACAUAAGUAUUCAGACCCUUUACUCAGGUGUUGAAGCACAUUUGGAAGCGAUUACAGCCUAGAGUCUUCUUGGGUAUGACACUACAAGCUUGGCACACCUGUAUUUGGGGAGUUUCUCCCAUUCUUCUCUGCAGAUCCCCUCCCAGUCCCUGCCGCUGAAAAACAUCCCCACAGCAUGAUGCUGCCAUCACCAUGCUUCACCGUAGGGAUGGUGCCAGGUUUCCUCCAUUUUUUACAUUUACAUUUUAGUCAUUUAGCAGACGCUUUUAUCCAGAGCGACUUACAGUUAGUGAGUGCAUACAUUUUUAUUGUAUUUUUCAUACUGGCCCCCCGUGGGAAUCGAACCCACAACCCUGGCGUUGCAAAUGCCAUGCUCUACCAACUGAGCUACAUCCCUGCCGGCCAUUCCCUCCCCUACCCUGGACGACACUGGGCCAAUUGUGCGCCACCCCAUGGGUCUCCAGACGUGACGCUUGGUAUUCAGGCCAAAGAGUACAAUCUUGGUUUCAUCAGACCAGAGAAUCUUGUUUCUCAUGGUCUGAGAGUCCUUUAGGUGCCUUUUGGCAAACUCCAAGCAGGCUGUCAUGUGGCUUUUACUGAGGAGUGGCUUCCAUCUGGUCACUCUACCAUAAAGGCCUGAUUGGUGGAGUGCUGCAGAGAUGGUUGUCCUUCUGGAAGGUUCUCCCAUCUCCACAGAGGACCUCUGGAGCUCUGUCAGAGUGACCAUCGGGUUCUUGAUCACCUCCCUGAUCAAGGCCGUUCUCCCCCGAUUGCUCAGUUUGGCCGUGCGGCCAGCUCUAGGAAGAGUCUUGGUGGUUCCACACUUCUUCCAUUUAAGAAUGAUGGAGGCCAUUGUGUUCUUGGGGAACUUCAAUGCUGCAGACAUUUUUUGGUACCCUUCCCCAGAUCUGUGCCUCGACACAAUCCUGUCUUGGAGCUAUACGGACAAUUCCUUCGACCGCAUGGCUUGGUUUUUGCUCUGACAUGCACUGUCAACUAUGGGACCUUUAUAUAGACAGGUGCGGGUCUUUCCAAAUCAUGUCCAAUCAAUUGAAUUUACCACAGGUGGACUCCAAUCAAUGAAGUGUUUCAGGGUGCACCUGAGCUUAAUUUCGAGUCUCAUAGCAAAGGGUCUGAAUACUUAUGUAAAUAAGGUAUUUCUGUUUUUUAUUUUUAAUACAGUGAGGGGAAAGAAGUAUUUGAUCCCCUGCUGAUUUUGUACGUUUGCCCACUGACAAAGACAUGAUCAGUCUAUAAUUUUAAUGGUAGGUUUAUUUGAACAGUCAGAGACAGAAUAACAACAAAAAAAUCCAGAAAAAUGCAUGUCAAAAUGUUAUAAAUUAAUUUGCAUUUUAAUGAGGGAAAUAAGUACUUGACCCCUCUGAAAAACAUGACUUAGUACUUGGUGGCAAAACCCUUGUUGGCAAUCACAGAGGUCAGACGUUUCUUGUAGUUGGCCACCAGGUUUGCACACAUCUCAGGAGGGAUUUUAUCCCACUCCUCUUUGCAGAUCUUCUCCAAGUCAUUAAGGUUUCGAGGCUGACGUUUGGCAACUCGAACCUUCAGCUCCUUCCACAGAUUUUCUAUGGGAUUAAGGUCUGGAGACUGGCUAGGCCACUCCAGGACCUUAAUGUGCUUCUUCUUGAGCCACUCCUUUGUUGCCUUGGCCGUGUGUUUUGGGUCAUUGUCAUGCUGGAAUACCCAUCCACGACCCAUUUUCAAUGCCCUGGCUGAGGGAAGGAGGUUCUCACCCAAGAUUUGACGGUACAUGGCCCCGUCCAUCGUCCCUUUGAUGUGGUGAAGUUGUCCUGUCCCCUUAGCAGAAAAACACCCCCAAAGCAUAAUGUUUCCACCUCCAUGUUUGACGGUGGGGAUGGUGUUCUUGGGGUCAUAGGCAGCAUUCCUUCUCCUCCAAACACGGCGAGUUGAGUUGAUGCCAAAGAGGUCGAUUUUGGUCUCAUCUGACCUCAACACUUUCACCCAGUUCUCCUCUGAAUCAUUCAGAUGUUCAUUGACAAACUUCAGACGGGCCUGUAUAUGUGCUUUCUUGAGCAGGGGGACCUUGCGCGCACUGCAGGAUUUCAGUCCUUCACGGCAUAGUGUGUUACCAAUUGUUUUCUUGGUGACUAUGGUCCCAGCUGCCUUGAGAUCAUUGACAAGAUCCUCCCGUGUAGUUCUGGGCUGAUUCCUCACCGUUCUCAUGAUCAUUGCAACUCCACGAGGUGAGAUCUUGCAUGGAGCCCCAGGCCGAGGGAGAUUGACAGUUCUUUUGUGUUUCUUCCAUUUGCGAAUAAUCGCACCAACUGUUGUCACUUUCUCACCAAGCUGCUUGGCGAUGGUCUUGUAGACCAUUCCAGCCUUGUUUAGGUCUACAAUCUUGUCCCUGACAUCCUUAAUAAUAAUAAUAAUAAUAAUAAUAUGCCAUUUAGCAGACGCUUUUAUCCAAAGCGACUUACAGUCAUGCGUGCAUACAUUUUUUUUGUGUAUGGGUGGUCCCGGGGAUCGAACCCACUACCUUGGCGUUACAAGCGCCGUGCUCUACCAGCUGAGCUACAGAGGACCACUCUUUGGAGAGCUCUUUGGUCUUGGCCAUGGUGGAGAGUUUGGAAUCUGAUUGAUUGAUUGCUUCUGUGGACAGGUGUCUUUUAUACAGGUAACAAGCUGAGAUUAGGAGCACUCCCUUUAAGAGUGUGCUCCUAAUCUCAGCUCGUUACCUGUAUAAAAGACACCUGGGAGCCAGAAAUCUUUCUGAUUGAGAGGGGGUCAAAUAUUUAUUUCCCUCAUUAAAAUGCAAAUCAAAUUCUAACAUUUUUGACAUGCGUUUUUCCUGAUUUUUGUUGUUGUUAUUCUGUCUCUCAAUGUUCAAAUAAACCUACCAUUAAAAUUAUAGACUAAUAAUUUCUUUGUCAGUGGGCAAACGUACAAAAUCAGCAGGGGAUCAAAUACUUUAUUCCCUCACUGUACAUUUGGUAAAAUUUUCACUGUAUCAUUAUGGGGUAUUGUGUGUAGAUUGAUGAGGAACAUUUGAUAUUUAAUCAAGUUUAGAAUAAGGCUGUAACGUUACAAAAUGUGGAAUAAGUCAAGAGGUCUAAAUACUUUCCGAAUGCGCUGUAGUGUGGAAGCUGUCUCCGCAUAACAGGGAAUUCCUGUCCGUCGGCUUCCUGUAUUGGUCCGUGCUAAAGCCACCCCCUCCCUCUUAAUCAAAAUGUCAAGAAGGAUUCUAACAACGACAGUAUGUUAUAUAGACUUAUUUAGGAAAAGUCAAGGACAGAGAGGGGCAUGACUUUAAAAAUGGCACAGUAAUAAAAAAGAUUACAUGAAUAAGCAGUCCAAAUGACUGCUUUAGCGGUUCUGGUGUUAAAGGUACAUUACCAGUAGAGGCUACAUUUCAUUCAGUGUAUCUCAGUUCAGAACCAAUCCAUCUUAUAUUAGUUUCCAUCUGUGUGCAUCAGACUAUCUAGUGGCAGUAGAGGUUGAAUUUCGGUAUGUCAAAUCAAAUGUUAUUUGUCACAUGCGCCGAAUACAACAGGUGUAGACAUUACAGUGAAAUGCUUACUUACAAGCCCUUAACCAACAAUGCAGUAAAAAAUUAAAUAAAAAUAAAGUGUUCAGUAAAAAAUAAAAGCAAAUAACUAAAGAGCAGCAAUAAAAUAACAGUAGGGAGGCUAUAUACAGGGGUGUACCGGUACAGAGUCUAUGUGCGGGGGCACCGGUUAGUCAAGGUAAUUGAGGUAAUAUGUACAUGUGGGUAGAGUGAAAGUGACUAUGCAUAAAUAAUAAACAGAGUAGCAGCAGCGUAAAAGAGGGGGAUGGGGUGGGUGUGGGGGGGCAAUGCAAAUAGUCUGGGUAGCCAUUUGAUUAGAUGUUCAGGAGUCUUAUGGCUUGGGGGUAGAAGCUGUUAAGAAGCCUUUUGGACUUAGACUUGGCACUCCGGUACCGCUUGCCGUGCGGUAGCAGAGAGAACAGUCUAUGACUAGGGUGGCUGGAGUCUUUGACAAUUUUUAGGGCCAAUUUCAGUCUGUUGUUGGAUCUGAUUACGUUUCAGCCCAUUUAUUAACAGAGAAUGUAAUGAUGGUUUAUUUGAUGACUUUCAGGUGGUAGAAAGAAAGACCGGGACAAAGAACGACCAGAGAUCUCUCCGCCUUCAGACUUUGAACACACCAUCCACGUUGGCUUUGAUGCUGUCACUGGGGAGUUCACUGUGAGUAGCCACACUAUCCUCCGACUCUUCAUCUCUUACUCCAGGUAUACUCAAAUCCCAGCCUGGAGGGCUGUAGUACUGCUAGUUUUCUUUCCUACCGGAGUUAGUUGCUUGACCCCUGACCCCCCCCCCCCCCCCGUAUCCUCCUUGCUGAUAGGGCAUGCCAGAGCAAUGGGCACGACUUCUCCAGACGUCAAACAUCACCAAGUCCGAGCAGAAGAAGAACCCACAGGCUGUUCUCGACGUGCUCACAUUCUAUGACUCUACGGGCAACGGCCGCCAGAAAUACCUCAGUUUCUCCUCCCCUGGUGAACUUUCACAUGGAUGAGACUUUACUGUUUUCUGUUUGUUACAGACUUUUUAAAGAUUGCAAUUGUUUCCCUUUCAUUUUUAGAAAAGGAUUGUUUCCCCGCAGGACCCCAGUCUGUAAGUACUACAUUUGUCCUAGUGAUGACUUACUAGCUACCUGAAUAAUAUGGUGCUGCGAUUUCUUGUUCCUUGACCUCACUCAUGGCAGCCCAGAAAAUAUGUGAACAAAAUAUGUGUGGGCUAUGUAUGAAAUGUGUAUUAUAUAUUUUAUUCUGCAUUAGCCGGUCAAAAAUGUCACGGAACCCUCAUCGACCAAUAUCAAGGACAUUGAUAAUGAUGAUGAUGAUGAAGCUCCCCCACCCAUUGUGGCACCACGUCCGGAAUACACUAAGAGUGUGAGUAAUUUUGACGGUUCACAACCUCAACUUCUCUUUCGCUCUUGCUCACUUUCUCCCUUAUUCUCUCAUGCUUAUUUAUUGUGUGUGUGUGUGCAUGUGUGUUUGUCCUGCAGGUGUACACUCGCUCCGUCAUUGACCCCAUCCCCGCUCCAGCCGCAUGUCCAGAUGGAGACUCGGCCUCCAAGGCUGUAGACAGACAGAAGAAGAAGGGAAAGAUGUCAGACGAGGAGAUCAUGGACAAACUGAGUAAACAAACAACAUUUCUUACAAUAGCAAUGUUACAGGUAGUAAGACCCUUUUGUCAGGGGAAAUCAGUAUUGGUCUGGUCUGUAUAAUCAUAUAUUUGCUCACAGGAACUAUAGUCAGCAUUGGAGAUCCCAAAAAGAAGUACACGAGAUAUGAAAAAAUUGGACAGGGGUAAGUGUAAGUUUAUUUAAAGGUGGUAAUUGGGGUGUAUUUGAGUGCACUGUGUAUGGGGCCUUAUUUGUGCAUGGGAAGAGAGGGUGUGUGUGACAGACGUGUGUGUCCGAGUUAUUCAAAAAACGUAAACAUUGUCCACACACAGGGCUUCGGGGACAGUGUACACAGCCAUUGAUGUCGCCACAGGACAGGAGGUAAAGGGGAAUUAAGGGUUGUCAUUGGUUGACUGACCGGGGAUGGAUAGAGGAGAAUAAGUGAAAGGAAGGAGACAUUGAAAGACAGUUGAGGAAUGACAUGUAAGGGGGGGGCAGAGACUAGAUACAGAGAGACAGAAAUGGGGAAAGAGUUUGAGAACUGUUAGCCUGGCAGCAGAUGUGAGAUUGCAAGAUAACUAAUCACUCUCCCAUUUUAGAGGAUCAUUUUGAACCUUUCCUUCUUUCUGGGUGUUUCUCACAGGUGGCCAUUAAACAGAUCAACCUACAGAAGCAGCCCAAGAAGGAGCUGAUCAUAAAUGAAAUUAUGGUGAUGAAAGAGUUAAAGAACCCGAAUAUUGUCAACUUCGUAGACAGGUAAUAGAAUGGUCAAAUAUAUAUAAUUAACCUUAACAGCACUAACUUUGGUGUAAGUUAGAUGUACCAAACCUCACCUCCUGGUGAUGGUGAGACUCUAGAGGUCCUGGAACACAUUGGGUGUACAAUAUUGUACAAUACAAUAUACCCUAACGACCUCUCUGGCUUUGGUGUCUGUGUGUUUGUCAGUUUCCUGGUGGGAGAGGAGCUCUGUGUGGUGAUGGAGUACUUGGCUGGUGGCUCGCUGACUGAUGUGGUGACAGAGACCUGCAUGGAUGAGGCUCAGAUAGCUGCUGUCUGCAGAGAGGUGACCAGCUCUUAUACGGCACACAGCGUUAACCUUUACAUGUUUACCCUUUAACACUGGCUGGGUGAGAAACUUGUGUUUGUUCACAUGUAGAGCCUUUAUUUUAUAUGGAAAUAUUGACUUUUUUCCUUCAUAACCAUCCCUCUCUCUGUCUCUUAUUGGUUUCCCCAUCUGAAGUGUUUACAAGCACUGGAGUUCCUUCAUGCGAACCAGGUCAUCCAUCGUGACAUCAAGAGUGACAACGUGCUACUGGGGAUGGAUGGCUCUGUCAAGCUCAGUGAGUCUCCCGCUACCCCCUAAACAACCCCAGGCUGGUCAUGGUCUAUGUAGAGUUGUAGAGGAAGUAACAGCACUAAUAGUUGGGGGUAGAUAUUUAACUUGUUGACCGUCUGUGGUAGUGGUGCACGAGUCAGCUGUUUGUUCACCAGCACCCGCCCACAAUGGCUAAUAACCCAUCCUCAACCGCCUGACUAUACAGUGGGGAGAACAAAUAUUUGAUACACUGACGAUUUUGCAGGUUUUCCUACUUACAAAGCAUGUAGAGGUCUGUAAUGUUUAUCAUAGAUGCACUUCAACUGUGAGAGACGGAAUCUAAAACAAAAAUCCAGAAAAUCACAUUGUAUGAUUUUUAAGUAAUUAAUCUGCAUUUUAUUGCAUGACAUAAGUAUUUGAUACAUCAGAAAAGAAGACUUUAAUAUUUGGUACAGAACCCUUUGUUUGCAAUUACAGAGAUCAUACGUUUCCUGUAGGUCUUGACCAGGUUUGCACACACUGCAGCAGGGAUUUUGGCCCACUCCUCCACACAGACCUUCUCCAGAUCCUUCAGGUUUCGGGGCUGUCGCUGGGCAAUACGGACUUUCAGCUCCCUCCAAAGAUUUUCUAUUGGGUUCAGGUCUGGAGACUGGCUAGGCCACUCCAGGACCUUGAGAUGCUUCUUACGGAGCCACUCAUUAGUUGCCCUGGCUGUGUGUUUCGGGUCGUUGUCAUGCUGGAAGACCCAGCCACGACCCAUCUUCAAUGCUCUUACUGAGGGAAGGAGGUUGUUGGCCAAGAUCUCGCGAUACAUGGCCCCAUCCAUCCUCCCCUCAAUACGGUGCAGUCGUCCUGUCCCCUUUGCAGAAAAGCAUCCCCAAAGAAUGAUGUUUCCACCUCCAUGUUUCACGGUUGGGAUGGUGUUCUUGGGGUUGUACUCAUCCUUCUUCUUCCUCCAAACACGGCGAGUGGAGUUUAGACCAAAAAGCUAUAUUUUUGUCUCAUCAGACCACAUGACCUUCUCCCAUUCCUCCUCUGGAUCAUCCAGAUGGUCAUUGGCAAACUUCAGACGGGCCUGGACAUGCGCUGGCUUGAGCAGGGGGACCUUGCGUGCGCUGCAGGAUUUUAAUCCAUGACGGCGUAGUGUGUUACUAAUGGUUUUCUUUAGACUGUGAUCCCAGCUCUCUUCAGGUCAUUGACCAGGUCCUGCCGUGUAGUUCUGAGCUGAUCCCUCACCUUCCUCAUGAUCAUUGAUGCCCCACGACGUGAGUUCUUGCAUGGAGCCCCAGACCGAGGGUGAUUGACCGUCAUCUUGAACUUCUUCCAUUUUCUAAUAAUUGCGCCAACAGUUGUUGCUUUCUCACCAAGCUGCUUUCCUAUUGUCCUGUAGCCCAUCCCAGCCUUGUGCAGGUCUACAAUUGUAUCCCUGAUGUCCUUACACAGCUCUCUAGUCUUGGCCAUUGUGGAGAGGUUGGAGUCUGUUUGAUUGAGUGUGUGGACAGGUGUCUUUUAUACAGGUAACGAGUUCAAACAGGUGCAGUUAACACAGGUAAUGAGUGGAGAACAGGAGGGCUUCUUAAAGAAAAACUAACAGGUCUGUGAGAGCCGGAAUUCUUACUGGUUGGUAGGUGAUCAAAUACUUAUGUCAUGCAAUAAAAUGCAAAUUAAUUACUUACAUACAAUGUGAUUUUCUGGAUUUUUGUUUUAGAUUCCGUCUCUCACAGUUGAAGUGUACCUAAUAAUAAAUAAUAAUAAGCCAUUUAGCAGACGCUUUUAUCCAAAGCGACUUACAGUCAUGGGUGCAUACAUUAUUUUUUUUUGUGUAUGGGUGGUCCCGGGGAUUGAACCCACUACCUUGGCGUUACAAGCGCCGUGCUCUACCAGCUGAGCUACAGAGGACCACUUAUGAUAAAAAUGACAGACCUCUACAUGCUUUGUAAGUAGGAAAACCUGCAAAAUUGGCAGUGUAUCAAAUACUUGUUCUCCCCACUGUAUAUGAUAAAGUGAAAAUCUGAGGGCCGCACCCGACCCUAACUCGCUAAUUUAGAAAAUGCACUGUACACUACCUAUAGUCAGAGACCGCAGAACGAUUUUUUUGACAGGGGGUGCAGGAUUUGUUUUGCCUGAUUUAGAUAUGUUUCUGCUUAUAAUAUCUGACAUUUUGGUAGGCUAUUUGUUAGUCAAGCUUCUCUUCUGUCAUUAUAGGUUGUCCUAGAAGACUAAAUAAACCCUUGCUCACCAGGAUGUCAUAAAUGAAUAGAAUUAAUGCUUCAAUCUAGUUGACAUCUGUAAAGUUUUCUCUGUCAUAUCUGCUUAUUUUGCGGAGCAAAGACGUUUAGGGACCUGGGGAAAAAAUGCAAUAACAAAUAAAUUAAUAAACGGAAAGGUUGUCUGUGGAAAAUGUCCAAAUGACAUCAAUUUGAUCGGUUGUGUGGAAAAAAAGAUCUGUGAAAACGACCCAACGUGUUUCUGAUAAGAUUUCAGUUUGGCUUGGAUGCAUGUUUUAUGUGGUUGAAAUACUAUCAGCUUUUAUGAUGCUGAUAAAGAUAGCACAUCUACAGAUGGUAUCUAACUGCGCAUUCUCUCAAGAUGCUGAAAUAAAUAAAAAAUAUUUCUCCACUCCUUUUCCCAAGUCAAAAUGUUGCCUACAUUUGGUGUAUCAUUUUACUGCAAGAAAUGCUUAAUUCUGCAGUAGUUAAAUUAAGCCUAUGUGAAAGGUUAUAGACCUACAGUCAGUGUCCAGAUUUCAGUUUCCAUUUAACCCAUCUGAACAGUAGGCUACAGUUCCCUUGAUGUGCCAUAAGCCUAUUUGAAGUCCUGGUCUUGUGAUUGUCGAAUUUGUAUAGCGCCUCACAAUCAUCACACAUAGGCCUAACAUAGCCAGCACUGCUAUCAUCCUCUUUUAUCACCUCAACAAAUCUUUCACAAACAUUGAUUAACAAAUAGCCUAUCAAAAUGUCGGAAAUUAUUACCAUAAACAUAUCUAAAUCGGGCAACAACAACAACAACAAACUCCACCCCCUGUCAAAAAAAAUUGUUCUUUGACUGUAGCCUAUAGCACGUUUUCUAUAUUUGUGGGUUAGGGUAUGGUGUGGGCCUCAGAUUUCCACUUUAUCACAUAUAGUCGGGCGGUUGCGGAUGGGUUAUUAGCAUUUGUGGGCAGCUGAUCCGCGCACCACUAAUCUACAUCCUAUGAAAGAGAAGUACCAUUUUGGCAAGGAUAGUUAACAAAUGACUAUUAUAAGCUAGUGCUGCUGUUUGUAGUGCUACUAUUCAGUCUCCAUCUCUCUUUGAGUUCUCCCACCUCCCAUUUCUUUGUGCAGCCGAUUUUGGUUUCUGCGCCCAGAUCACUCCAGAGCAGAGCAAGCGCAGCACCAUGGUGGGUACGCCUUACUGGAUGGCACCUGAGGUGGUGACCCGGAAGGCCUAUGGGCCAAAGGUUGAUAUCUGGUCCCUGGGCAUCAUGGCCAUUGAGAUGGUUGAGGGGGAGCCUCCAUACCUCAAUGAGAACCCGCUAAGAGUAAGUGAAUCGAAGAGUAGCACCGUCCUAAAAUGCGAUUUCUUUGUUUUACUAUAUCAUAGUGCAUCAAAAGCUAGUUCCAUAGUGAUACAAGACUGACAUGGAUGUAACAGGGAGACUUUUCCAGCACAUUUGUAAGGUAUCUCACAGUUCUAGUCUUCCCCUCUGCCCUCUCUCCUCUCCUCCCCACAGGCACUGUACCUGAUUGCUACCAAUGGCACUCCAGAGCUGCAGAACCCAGAAAAGCUGUCCCCCAUCUUCAGAGACUUCCUUAACCGCUGCCUGGAAAUGGAUGUGGAGAAGAGAGGCGGGGGCAAAGAGCUGCUGCAGGUGAUGCCCCAUUUUAUCUAUGGCUUCCUUUUGUGAUUUGCUCUUCUACUCUUGUGUACUACAAUAGAGAUGAGCUCCAAUGUUAACCAUACUCGCUUUCCUGUUUGUCUAGCAUCCCUUCCUGAAGCUGGCAAAGCCCCUCUCCAGUCUUACACCUCUCAUCUUGGCUGCUAAGGAGGCCAUGAAAGGCAACCGUUAA